CAUUCCAACUCAGUCAUCUCGCGGCGCUCAAGGUGCAAUCAUGUCGGAUUUUUUUCUGUACAAAGUGAACUAAAACAUGGAGGAUCAACCAUGCGGGAUUUAUUAUUUCAUUACAUAUUUCUCACAAUGAAAUUAACUGGAUGUGAGAAUAUUAUAACAGAAUAUGCAUGUGAAGGAGAUAAACUGACUCUAAACUGUGAAACUGGAAAUAUAUUUAUAAAACGAGCCAACUAUGGCCGGCUCUCAAUAUCUAUGUGUAACCUACAUGGAUUAACCAACAUAUCUACCCAUUGUGUACUCAACACUACACAACAAACCAUACAACAAAUGUGUUCAGGGUUGAGUAGUUGUUUACUAGAGCCUGGAUAUGCAUGGUUUGGAGAUCCGUGUCCAGGUAGCCCUAAAUACCUGGAGGUUCAGUACUCGUGCUCAGAGGACACACUUAGAGGACAGAAGAGGACAGAACCAGAGUUUAGGGAGGAGGGAAUACGGAGAGUUUGGGAACCCGGAGCAAACCUUCUCAGUCAGGAUAUAUUCUCAACCCUGAUCUAUGAGAGCACGUAUGCACCGGAGCAAAUAUUAAGAAGACCGAACCCUCCGGAAAUUACCGAAAGUAAAAAUAUCCCUGUAACGGGCGCUACCGAGGUGACAAUUAAACCAGAAAAUGCGGAAAACAUAACGGAAAAAUCUCAAUCUCUGGACAUCUUUGAUGACAUGCCUGGGCUAAAUACUACAGUUGAACCCAAGGAUAAAAUAACAAAAAGACACAAUGUUUUUAAUGUUAAAUCCAACCUGACAAAGUCUUCAGACGAACAUUUGGAGAACGUGACAGACAAGGAAUUGUUUGAUCAAGUUGUUACAGAAGAUGAAGAUGAUUUGGAUGCAGAAGAGAUGGAGAGGGAUAAGAAGGAGAAUGUUGAGGACGACGAGAAGAAAUCUGUUCUUAUCUUAACUUGUACUGGUUUAUUGGCCGCAUGUCUUCUCUCUAUCGGGCUCUGCUUCUCACAUAAGAUGUACAGACGGUUUUUGUGCCACGCUAAGGAAGAAACAUCUCCUGGAACAGAGAACUCCGGAGUAACAUCUCAAGGUUUAGGAAGGGAACCUGGAGCCCCAGAUCAAUCCCUUCUACAAAUCUCUGUACAAGGGUAUCCUGUGCAUCAAAGUCCUUAUCCCUGCUCUCCACAAUAUCAUUUACAUGCUUGUUAUCAUAACUCCUGUCAACCUACUCCUAGUGAGGAUUACAACUCAUAUCAUUCUAGAUCACAUCAUCCUGGUAAUUUAACAGAUGAUAUGUCGAUUAAUAAACAAAUCCAUUGCUAUUCUUGUCAUCGAUCUCAACCUCAAUCUUAUUCAGAAAUGAGAUCUCCUCAUUUAAGCCCAUUAGAGCCUCAACCUUCUACUCUUUCAAACCAAUCUCCUGAUUACUACAGACAAUCUACAAGUAGUCCGUCGGAGUAUGGACAAUCUCUUUCUAGUUUUCAAGAGUUUAGAACAUCUCCAUCAAACCAUCACAUCAUAGGUCAGAAAUAUGGACCUUCCGUGCUUGAUCGACAAGAGCUUAAUUUCAGUCAUUCUCACGAGUAUAUUCAACCACCAAGACCAAUUCAAUUCCUUAGAAAUCAGCUAGAGAUGAGACAAUCUCUUCCCCCUCGACUAGAAUACAUUCGUUCUGAUAGAACCAACCCCUCUCCGUCCUACCCGGGCAUUCUACCACCUAAUCCAGGACUCGAGGCAAUGAAUUUUUCAAUUAAUCAUCUGUCCAACCCUCUUACACAUCAGUCCCCAUCCCUCUGCUCUGUAUCCAGUAUAUCAGGAGCCAAGACAUCUCAAUCCGUCCAGGAAACAUCGUUUAUACAACAUAGGGGCGACAGAAAUGAAGGUUUAUAUCAGUGGACAGACCGACGUUCUCCGUCCUUAACUCUUCCCUGUUCAAACUCCUGUGCAGUUCCUUUCAGUCAUCAACCUUAUCCAAUUCAAGAACAGUCUUAUUACAAUCCAGAGCUAAUAAACUUACAGGACUUUAACCUCAAAGAAGAAAACAACGUCUUGAACCCACAUAUGUUUAUGCGCAACAACAAUAACGACCAUGUUGCAUGUACAGUGUGUCUACAGUGUGACUCACACAAUCGCUCAACACAUAAAGACGACAUUAGUGAAGAAAAUGGCGGGAAAAACUCAUGUACAGAUGACCAGAUUUCUGUACUGGCGGGUGGAAGCAGUGCAAUUUGUAAACAAAAUCAAGGCUACCAGGCCUCUAGUCGGAAAAUAUCUAGUCUAGUCUCGAGAAUUCUUUAAUUUUAAAAUUAUAUUAUUUAUUUAAAAUCAGAUGUUGUAAUUUACUGAUAAAAUGGAUAUUUAACAGUUUCCAAUUUCCACUUUUUUAAUCGUGAAGAAAUGCAACCAAUCCCUUAAACCACUUUAACCUGCCGAAAAUUUUAGAUUUAUUUGAAAAUGCUUUUAGGAAUAUAUGCAAAAUAUUC